AUGAAAGCAACCACACUUUUACUGUCCUGCCUUCUUGUCCUUCUUUUCAUUUCCACCUGUUGGUGUGCUAAUUCAGCAGAAACUGAAUUGACUGCUCCCAAACUAGCUACCAUUCAAUUACGAGUCAAUCCACUUUCUGAUUCUCUUUCACUUUGCACUGGUUUAGUGCUCUCACCAAAUUUGAUUCUCGCUCGUGCCAACUGUCUUGUAAUUCUCUCUCAAAACUUUGGUUUCAAUCCACUUUUAAAGGAAUCCUCAGUGAUUGUCCCACCCAUGAUUCAUUCAUCCCUACUCUCAGUUCAAGUUGAAUUGGGAAAAACAAGAAAAGUCCAACACGUCGAAUUACACGAUCGUUUCAAUCUUUUCACAUUAGAAAGCAAUUUGGCAUUGCUCAUGUUAUCAACUGGAAGUGAAGAGCAAGUUGGAAAUGAAAGUAGUCAACAGAUAAUUCGCAGGGAAUUACAAAAUGUUAUGCAAGAUUUGGAAAAGAAGAGAGCUGAAGAGUUUGAUGCAAAUUUGAUUUUACUUUCGAAUAGGGAACAAUUGAAAAGCUCUGAUUGUUUGAAAGAUCACGUAACUCAGUGGCGAAGAACCAUUUGUAAGCAAGUUACCUAUUCUGGAGAAGCUGAUUCCUUAGACGAUUCAAUUCUAGUAUUCGAAAGAAAGAAGGAAUUAAUUCCUGUAGGCAUUCAAUCUUUCCAUGAAUCUGAUCAACAUGAACACAAGUUAUAUUUCACAGAUAUUGGAGUAGAAACUCGUGAAUGGUUUGCCAGAAUUGACAAGAAGCUAUUGCUAAGAGGAGAAAUCUUAAAAGAAACUCCAUUCGAAACUUACCAAUUUUCUCCAAUUUCUAAUGUUGUAAAUGAUCAAAGACAAUCGAUCAUGUCUGAUAUUCAACAAAGACUUGCUGGAAUUAUCAAUCAGGGUCCAACACCACAACUAGAAAAAACUCCUUACGCUUCUAAUACUAUUUACGAAACAGAGAAUAAUCUAAAGGAAAUCUCUAAACAGCUCCAUUCGAAACUAGUUAAUACUAUUCUAGGUCUUUAA